AGAUAAAAAAUACUAAACUUCUGUGAAGUGUGGACUGCAUAGAAUACAAAUAGUUCAAACAACUGAGUUUAGAACACAUGGGGCCAAAUAAAUCUCUGUGGUGGUAUUUUGGUCUGUGCACAUUCAAUUUUUAGCCAGUUUCUGGAUUUUCUGGGUACAGGAGCCAGGGAUUGUGCACAAAUCAAUUUUGUGUUAUCGUUAAAUAUGAUUCUUAACGGCGUAACAAGUUUUUCUAAAUUCAUAUGGAGAUCACAGGAAGUUCCUGGAUUUGGGUUCCAACAGCUUAGAAACAAAUGGGCCAACCGUUGGAUGAUUAGAGAUGUAAAGCGGCGAAGAUUAAAUGCUGAACACUUUUUAGAGAGAACACGGAUUAAUGCUAUGCGGCGAAACACUGUAUUGCCGACAGAAAUAAGAGAAAUUGCUGACAAAGAGAUAAACAAAUUUGAACUGAAUGCUACUCCUUCACAUAUAAAUAAUAGAUGUGCAGUCACUUCAAGGCCUAGAGGUGUAGUUAAAGAAUGGAGAUUAAGCCGUAUUGUUUGGAGACAUCUUGCCGAUUAUAAUAAACUUUCAGGAGUCCAAAGAGCAAUGUGGGGUUAAAAAGCCUUGUGACAAAAAAAGUACUUUUAAUUAGUUAAUAUAGACAUUUAUUCAA